AUGCAACUCCCGUUACUCCAAGCGCUAUUUGUUGGUAUCAUAGCGGCGAUACUAUGGCUCGUCUACACGGUUAUCUACAGAAUCUACUUCCAUCCUCUGUCCAAGUAUCCAGGCCCUAAGCUAGCUGCAUGUAGUCAUUUCUGGUUCAUCCGCACCUGGAGCAGUGGCUUCUAUCCUCAACGAAUGGAUGAGCUCCAUCGCAAAUACGGAGACAUAGUCCGCAUCUCCAGCAACGAACUAAGCUUCAGGUCACCAACCGCCUUCAAAGACAUCUACAACCAUGCUUCCAAGGACAACCCUGUAUUUCCCAAAAGUGAUUAUAUGUACAUGAGGGACCCGUCGGUCAAGCGACACGACAUUGUUUUUGUCAAGGAUCCCCAAGACCAUCGUGCGCAGCGCAAAACACUCUCUCAUGCAUUCAGUGCCAAGGCUCUGAGAGACAACGAGGAGUCUGUCCAGACGCAUGUGAAGUUGCUUAUGGACCGAUUGGAGCACCGUGCUGGGCCUGGGUCAGACGGAGCCAACAUGUGUGACGUCUUCAACUGGUUGACAUUUGACAUUAUUGGCGACUUGGCAUUUGGCGAAUCCUUCAACUCAGUCUCAAACUGGGAAGCGAGCAUCUGGGUCUCACUUAUUCUAAGCUUUCUCUACCAAGCAACAUUCAUGCCACUACUUAACCGUCUUGGCAUUCCCAUAUCCCUAUUCGAAAACAUCAUCCCCAAAUCAAUGAAGGAGAAACUAAACCAUCAUGACAAGCUUACGAUGGAAAAGGUUAAGCGAAGAGUUGAGAUGGGAAGUACACGAGACCGUGAAGAUUUCUUUACCCAUCUUCUUCAAAGAGAAAAGGGGGAACCGGAUUUCAUGUGGCUACGUGAGCAAGCCAAGAUCCUCAUUCUAGCUGGGUCUGAGACCACGGCAAACUUGAUGGCUGGUGCGACUUUAUAUUUGUGCAGAAACCCUGAUAAGAUGGCCAAGCUUCAACAUGAGAUACGCUCUGCGUUCUCGUCUCGGGAUGAGAUCACGGGUGAUUCUACGGCUAAUCUUGAGUACUUCAACGCCGUUAUCGAAGAAAGUCUCCGAAUCUUCCCACCCGUUCCUUUCGGUCUUCCAAGAGUCAGCACUGGCGGUAUAGUUGACGGACACUACAUUCCCGCCGGAACAGUGGUAUCAGUGGACAAUUGGGCAACAACUCAUGAUGAGCGCAACUUUAGUCGGCCGAGAGAGUUCAUUCCUGAGCGAUGGAUUGGAUCAGGCUUCGGCGACCGGAAGGAAGCCAGUCGACCAUUCACACUUGGUCCUCGGGGUUGUCUAGGUAUCAAUCUUGCGUACAUGGAGGCCAGAAUUACGCUGGCUUCGCUGGUAUAUGCCUUUGAUUGGGAGAUGGUGAAUACUGAGGUCGAUUGGGAUAAGGACGUCCGGUUCUAUACUGCCUGGCAGAAGCCAAAGCUAAUGAUCCGGUAUCGUCCUCGCGCUGAGGAAAAGGGUUACUAG